GAUAUUUUCAUUGGAUAAUAUCCCCAUUCUCACCAAUCAGAAAAGCGAUAAGAAAUUUGUUGAUUUUUUGCUGCAGGUUUCCGUCGUGUGACGGUGUGUUUGACAUGAACGAGUUAGAGAAGUACAGAGUUGAACAGGCACCACCAACUAUCUAUUAUAUUCCAAAUUUUAUAACCAAAGAGGAGGAAGAAUAUCUUCUACAUCAGGUUAACUCUGCACCUAAACCCAAGUGGACGCAACUAUCCAACCGAAGAUUGCAAAACUGGGGUGGUUUGCCUCACCCCAAGGGUAUGGUGGCAGAAGAGAUUCCUAAGUGGUUAAAAAUCUACACAGAAAAAGUUGCUGCCAUUGGAUUAUAUGGCAACAAACAUCCAAAUCAUGUCCUAGUCAAUGAGUAUCUACCUGGGCAAGGAAUAAUGCCACAUGAGGAUGGCUCUCUAUUCUUCCCAGUUGUGUCCACAAUAAGUCUUGGUUCUCAUACACUGCUGGAGUUCUAUCAUCCAAUCAAAUCAGAGAAUCAGUCAUGUGAUGAAAAGCCUGAAACUUCCUUUGAAGACCGAUUUCUAACCUCCAUCUUGCUGGAACCAAGAAGUCUUGUGUUUGUGUGUGAUGAUAUGUAUAGGACGUAUUUACACGGAAUAAGUGAACGGACUACAGACAGAAUCAGUGAAUCAAUAGCUAACAUUGACAAGUGUGAGAUAGAUAAGUCAGUGACAGAAUUACACAGAACCACUAGAGUCUCACUAACUAUUAGGCAUGUGCCAAGAGUUUUAAAAUCUAAAAUACUGUUUGGAAAAAAGUGAAAUCUUUCUGAUUUAGUGUCAGUGUAAACUGCAAAGUACCAAGGGUAUAUACCGGAAGUUAUCAGAUUUUUGUAACAUUGUACUUACUGUACGUUGAUAAAUCAAAAGAAGAUGCUUUUAAUGGUACCAAGAUAUAAAUCAUGUCUUAUAACAAAGUUAACAUGCUUUUAAUAAUUUCACACAGAAAUGAUUUUUCUUUCAUUUGCUUUAAAACAUGUACAGGUAACUUUAUAAUGGAUAUCAUGAUUUAUGUUUAAAAGGAAGCAAAAUUGUCCAUUCCUGGUACACUCUAACUACUGUCAUGUAUAUGAUCCAGGCAUAUUGAUAUGUAUAGUGCAGACUGAUUGAUCACAGCUAUUUUAAUUUAGCAAUCCAAUUCUUGAAGUCCAUGUCAGUGCAUGUACAUGUAGACUAUUGUAGCUGAUUUUUGUUUACCGUAAUUUCAUGUGUUAAACACAUGUGUUUUUUGAAUUAUAAAUGAAAAUGUACACGAAUAAUUUUUUAUGGAAAAAAAA